ACGUCAUGUCCGAUGAAAGCUUUCGGAUUCAAACUAGAUAGAAAAAACAUAAAAGGAUCAACUAAAAAAACGCAGAAACAUUCAGUGACGACUGACGAGCACCAGACAGGAGCAGACCAAAGAGAGCCCACAGGAGGCCUGUCUUGGGGAGCUAAAUCACUACUCCAACGGGUUCCUUCUUCUGUGGCUCUCUCUCUUUCUUUCUCUAACCAGAUCCGACGAUUUAUUAGAGAUUGAAAGUGUUUACUGGAGAAGGUCUCAAGCUUCCGUCUUCUCCUGUUACUAUCUUAUUUGUCCAUAAAGGCAUAUCGUAUGGGUCAUGGAAAAAGUGUAUUGAGAUUGGCUUACGAAAUUUGUGACACUAUAGAAUCAUGAGCUGAUUCUGAUAGGUAAUUUUUGGUUGAGGGGGGCUAGAAGCUGGUAUGGCUGUUGCCAAGAGCAACAGUACUGAUCAAUUGUUGAAGUAUCCAUGCUGUUACAGAGUUGAAGGGUUGAAUCAAACGAUUUUGGAUGUGGAACUUACUUCAAAUUUAAAAGACCGUUACAUUCUCGGAGAGCAGUUGGGUUGGGGGCAGUUUGGAGUUAUCAGCCUGUGUUCCGAUAAGUUGACUGGGGAGGUUUUGGCUUGCAAAUCGAUUGCCAAGGAUAGAUUGGUGACCACAGAUGACGCAAGAAGUGUUAAACUUGAAAUUGAGAUAAUGAGUAGGUUAUCAGGUCACCCAAAUGUUGUAGAUCUCAAAGCAGUGUAUGAGGAUGAAAACUAUGUUCAUUUGGUGAUGGAGCUUUGUGCUGGAGGGGAGCUUUUCCACCAGUUAGAAAAGCGUGGACGAUUUUCUGAGGUUGAGGCCAGGGUCCUGUUUAGGCAUCUGAUGCAAGUGGUUUCAUAUUGUCAUGAAGCUGGGGUGGUUCAUAGAGAUUUGAAGCCUGAGAACAUUCUAUUGGCUACAAGGGCCUCAUCUUCACCAAUUAAAUUAGCAGAUUUCGGUCUUGCCACCUACAUCAGGCCCGGGCAGAGUUUGCAUGGAACAGUGGGAAGUCCUUUUUAUAUUGCUCCUGAGGUAUUGGCGGGAGGCUAUAACCAGGCUGCAGAUGUAUGGAGUGCUGGGGUUAUUCUUUACAUUCUUCUUAGCGGCAUGCCUCCAUUUUGGGGUAAGACUAAGUCACAGAUAUUUGAUGCUGUAAGAGCUGCUGAUCUGCGGUUCCCAUCUGAUCCUUGGGAUAACAUAUCUGAAUCAGCAAAGGAUUUAGUCAAGGGAAUGCUGUGUACAGAUUCUACUCGAAGGCUUACUGCCCAGCAGGCUUUAGAUCAUUCGUGGGUGAAGGAUGGAGGGCCAUAUCCAGAAAAAUCAAGUGAAUGUGGAAACCAGAGCUGUGGAGAAUGGGAUUUAGGUGGUGGCUCAUUCUCUGCAUUCAUGUCCAGAAAUCAGGACAUCAGCUUUGACACUGGAUCACCUAUUCCUUGUGAUGUUCAGUCACCCACAUUCACAUGCAGGUCAUCAUUCUCCUCUCUACCAAGGGAGCUAUCAACCCCUUGCUUUGCAUCUGGUGGAUUUUCUUUCCGUGACGGCAACGAUGCUAAAGCAUUGAAGUUCUCGUCCCCUGUGUCAUCAAUGCCAAGUUUUUCAUUCCUCAGCCCUUAUGCUGUGGUUGAGCAAGGGAGUUGUGCAUUAGACUUUUCAACCAACAUUUCCAGAGUGGAGGCAAUCCAAGGAGAGGCAAACUUGGAAAAGCUGUUUGUGCUAUUAGAGCCUUCUCAACAUGUUGAUGGAGGGGUGGACAAUAAACGAUCAUCUGCAGUUAAGAGGGCAGGAGGGACGGUUGGGUCUAAGAUGUCAUGCAUACACAGCAAGAGGAACCAUACGAUUGGUCUUGGUGAGCGUGAGCAGCUCGAUCUCAUUGUGAGUGAAUCAGUCAUCCGCUGGGCAUCAUGCACACAUCUUCCAACUGCUCCAGCUCUCCGGUCUUCUCUUGUGUGCUAGAAUGGAUGACCGGUCAACACGAAAGAAUAGUUAGGUCUUCAUAACAGACUAAGGCUUUGAAAGUGGCAUACAUACACGCAUGUGAAUUUUUGUUGUGUGCCCAUUAAAGAGAGAAGAAAAGGAAAGAUGGCUAAUGUAUUGUGUUCGGUUUCUUUUGUUUGUGUUGCUGAUAGCUGGUGUUCGGAGUAUGGGCUGUGUUUUUCUGGUGGUGUGAGGAGUUUUGUUGCUUGGUAGGUUGUGUGAGUGACUAAGUUACGGCUAAUGGGUGGUCCCUUGUAUAAAGUUGGAUGGUUCAUAGUAUGAAGUUUUCCAAGUUUCAUA